AUCCUCUUCUUGACGACAAAUCAAACAGUGAAAGGUGUCCUUCGACAAAUUCUCCCGAAAUCAUGUCUCCGUUUCAUUUCCGGUUCUUCAUUAUCAACAAUUGUUGCGUUGAUUGCUUUACUUUGUCGCCGAUUUCAACGACUCUUGCUGCGAAUACAUAUGAAGGUUGCUAUCGCUAAUGCUUUUUACGGUGUUUAUGACCGUCAUACAAAUCUUCACUACUACGGCUUCCAUUUUUUCAAGAAUAUCUACGAAACCAUGAAGAUUUAUACACUUAUUUUGAGGAAGUUAGCUUCAAUCUUUCUUCCUUCAAGAAUGGCCACCGAAAGUUCUCCAAUUGUCGAGAAUCCAUUCAAUUUACCGCUUGGCGAAUUGGGUCCAUCAAUGGAGAACGUGAUGCGCACUCUUUUCUCAGUGAUUCCCGGACUUUCGAUGGGAAAUGCAGAGAUGAUGGAAACGGAUUUGCCCUGUUCAUCCGAGGACGCUUCAUCGCAGUCAACUGAUCCUUUGCUACAGUCUCCUCAGCUCGGCGAUGAGAACACGAUGCCAAACGGGCUACUCAACUCACUGAACAACGAAAAAAAUGAUUGCAACUCAAAAAACGAGGCCUGGUUUCAGUGUUUCACGACGCAGAGUCAAAAGGAGCUUGACGCAUUGAUCUACUCACUUUUUGCCGCGCCACGCGUUGAGAAAAAAGGCGAUGGUUUUGAGCAUUUCGAAUGCCUAAAUCGAGCCAAAUUCAAGUGUCGUUUCCGACUCCGGGUCAAGCGGAUCAAUGAAUGGUACAUUGUCGAGGAGCGAAGCGGACACUCGCACUCAUCCGAUCUUGCCGCCAUCCCGACACAGGGACUGGCUAAAUCAAUUCGUGAAAUCGUUGAUCAAUCAUUUCACGAGGAUUGGCCUACUCAGAUGCGACAGGAGAGGAUUGAGCAAGAGAUGCGCCGUUUGGGUCUGCCGGCGAAUCCGCGUCUUUCCCGACAAAUCGAUAAUCGUGUUUCCUACUUGAGACGAGUCAAGAAUCUCUCCGAAGUAAAACGUGUACAGGAAGAAAUGGACCCGCUGAAUACACUACAAGCGAUCAACGGAAACUCUCUCCAAAACACGCCCACGAAAGCGCUAUUUGGCGACUCGAGUGAGGGAUCGCCGUUUAAGCCAGUGAUCCCCGGCUCGCACAGUCAACAACAACAGCAAGUGAACUUCGACUUUAACGCCAUUCUCAACCAUCUCCAGCAACAGAGUGCUUUACAACAAUCCCCGCUGAAAGCCACCGAUUUUGUGAACCAGGAAUCACUGAUCUCAACUCUCACUCCGGCAAUCGAUCCCAUUCAACCGACUCCAAUCGCCGAUUCACCAGCUGACACCACAACUCCAGACGAA